GGCGCGGGCGAGGGGUGCAGGGGCGGAGUACCUUGAAUGGACAGGAACUGGCCAAGAGUUUUCCAGCCAGCCGAGUGCUCGCCCCCACGCCCUCGGGGGGUCCCCGGCGCUAGGACCGGGGCUCCCCGGAGAGAAGGCAACCCCCAAUUCGGGCCUAAAAGGAAACUUUCCGGGCCGCGGCUGCACCUGACUUCUCGCCGCCCCUCCACCCCACGCCCGCCAGGCCGCCCGCCCCGCCCCGGCCAGGCCGUCCGGAGCGCCGCGGAGUGGGGGGAAUAAAUCAACCCAACAGUUACCGGAAUCCCGGGGCCCCGUCUGCGCGAUGCCCGGGGAACGGGGGGCUGCCGCACACUCUCCACUCUUAAGGCCCCGCCGUCCCGGUUCCCCGCCGCUCGCCCGGCCUUCCGCCCCGCGGGAGAGCCUGGGGCCGGCGCAGGAUGCAGCCCCGCCGCGCCGCCCGCCCGCCCCGAGGCCCCGAGGCCCCGGGGGACCCCAGGGGCGCGGGAGGCCUGUGGCGCGGGGGCAGGGCGCGGCCGCCGCGGGGCCCAAGGCCUAGGGCGCCCCCCUUUCCGCAGCCCUCCCCAGGCCCGGCCCGCGCAGGCCGCGCCGCUCGCCGCGCUCAGUCCGCCGCCGGAACCCCCGCCGUAGCUGCCUGCGGGCGUCCCCGAGGCCUCCCAGUGCCCCCCGGCCCCCGCCGCCCCAGCGCCGGCCCCACUCACCCUUUCAUUCUCCGCCCGCGGCCUGGCGUGGGCCGGCGAAUCCCCGGCCUCACAUCAGAGAGGCGCUGGCAGUGGACUAGGAAGCUCGGCUGGUACUGCUCCCCCCCUGGGCUUCAGCGAGAGUCUUUCCCUGCCGAACGAGAGGGGUGAGGACCAUAUUUUUAUUUUGGAAACUAAAAAGUGCUCCCAGGGUCGGUGAUCAUUAAGGGGAAAUCCCUGAACGUACUCUCCAGCCAAGAAGGCAGGGCUGCCCGCCUGCACGGGAAGGGGCGGCAGCCUCCUACAGCACCACUACAGGCACUGCGAGGACAUAACACCACAGAGCAGUUCCUCUGCCCUCCGAAACGACAACUUUCCUACCAUCUUGGAGGCAGAGCUAAGAGGGGCCAAGGGGAAAAGUGCACCCGCUCCGGGUAAAGUGCAAGUUUCUACCUCUCGUCUCCGGAAAGAAGUCCACACUGGCGGUCUACACCGGCGCCUAGGGGUUUGAAAAGCUGGGAAGAAAACAGAAUCGCGUUCAUUUGCUCCGUAGGGGGGAAUGUCUCUGCACCUUCUGAUGGAAAGAAAUCUUUACAAGACACAGGUUUUAUGAUAUUAUUGUUGCUUUCCGUUUUAACUUUUUUUUUCCCCGUGAGGGUGACAGUGGUAGCUUAA